UUCUUGGUUUGAAUACGCUGACAACACCAGUUUGUGUUUACACUCUUAAUGUUUUAUUUCUGACAUUUUCUGAACGAGGCAACAGUUUAAGGUACGAACGAAUGAAUGUAUGUUUCCUGGUGUUAGCAUGCUGGCAGAAGAAGUGUGCUCCCCGUAGUCAGAGGACGAAACGGAUUGUUGGAGCCAUAUUAGUCAGACUCUGGGAUUAUAUCCGAGCAGCUACCUGCAGAGGGGAAAACUGCGCUUCCACGUUAACGAACAUCCUGCUCAACAGUCAGUUCAAGGUUGGACACAAACGCCAAACAGUCGUGUGACGUUAGUAUGUAGUUUUGGAGGCAUCUCAGCUUUGAGGGCUGUACCAUGAAGUAAGUUCAGCAUAGCUAGUUUGGAUCAGCUGGCUCGUCAACACCUGAAAUCGCAGACAGGUGGACUUCCAAACAUGGAAGAAGAGUUGUUGAUAGACUGGCAGGAAGAGAAGCUGCAUCUUAAUCAGGAGGUGUGUCGGCUGCAGGAGGAGCUGGCAGAGAGUCAUGCUGAAAAAGAUGAGCUGGAAUCCAGGAACAGAGCUCUGAAGGACAGGCUGUGGCGGUCGUUGUCUCCCUCACUUGCUCUCUCUCUGCAACUAGAGGGUGAGCAGAGGGAAUGGAAGAAGAAGGUAAGGGAGGGGAGAGAGAGGGAGGCCAGGCAGGCCCUGCUGAUCCACAGGCUCCAGAACAAGGUGUUGGAAUACAGAGAACGAUGUCAGCAUUUGGAGCUUCGGCUGCAGGAUAAUCAUACACAGAUGCUCAGCACUGAGAGAAUCAUAGAUGACUCUCUGGAAAGCGCCGUUCUCAGACUGGAGGAGGAACAACAGAGGUCAGUCAGUUUAGGUGACACCAAUAGUCUCCUUUGCAAGCAACUUGUCCAAUCAGAGCAGGCCAACCACGCCCUGAAGGAGGACCUCCAGAAGCUGACGAAUGAUUGGAUGACAGCUGUGGAAGAGGCAGAGCAGCGAGAGGCUGAUUUGCAGAAAGAGCGAGAGCGUCGGCUGUGUCUUGUGGGGGAGCAGCAGGCUCGGUUGCUGUCUAUCUGGAGAUCUGUGGCUGCUCUGAGACGGGACUGCCACGCUAUGAAAACGGCUGCUGACAGGGACCUGUGGCAGCUGAAGGCCGAGUUUUCUCGCCUCUCAUCCGUUCUCCUCUCCAGCUGUGACUCUGUCUCCUCCUCUCUGAGGCUCAGCACACUUUACAUUAAUCCUCUCUCCUUCUCCGCUUCUCCCCUUCUUCUCGCUUCCCACUUUCCUCCCUUUUCAUUCUAUUCUCCUCCUCCGUCCUCCGAUCUGGCCCUUUGUCCUCCGAACUCUUCUGCACCUCCUCUCCUCUCAUCCACAAUGCGAAUCUUUUCUUUGGGAGAGUUGGAACUCAAAGAGGAGAAGGAUGAGGAAAGGAGGGACGAGGACGAGCAAGGCACUUCAGAGGUGAAGUCUGUUCAGGAGACUCAAGUUUUACAGCUGCAGCAGAGGAUUGAGGCGCUCACUGGCUCACUGCAGACCGAGGUCAGUCUGAGGGAGGAGAGCGAGAGGGAGGCCGAGAGACAUAGAGUAAUACAGAGAAGCCUGCAGUCUGUGAGCCAUGCUGUGAUCAAACUGUCCCGAGUCCUGACCUCAGCCAGCAGUCAGUCGCUGAACAUCUCCUCAGAGGGUGUCCUUAGCCUGGAUCUGUCCUGCUUGCUUUCCGUCCUGUCUCAGACCGAGAGCGCCCUACAGUGGAGAAAUGAGGAAUUACAGGUAAACAACAUAAUAUACUGGUUUUGUUUCAGAGUUGAGACUGAGGUGUUGGAGAACGUCCAGCUAACAAAGCGGGAGACUUUGACCCAAGCAGAAAUGUAUAGUCUGAAGGGAGCACUAGAGAGGGAGCAGCUGGACAAGCAGCGAGCCGAGGAAGACGCUUCUGAUAUGAGAGAUGCCUUACAGAAGUCCAGGGAGUGCGUGUCGCGUCUGUCGUUGCAAGAGAGCGCGUUAAGACGGGAGGUGGAGGAGGGACGGGAUGCGCUAGACAAGCUGUCCACCCUGAACUCUUCUUUGGCCUCAGACAAGAGAGAGCUGCACAAACAGCUGCUGCAGCUGGAGUCUGAGCUGUCAGAGGGCCAAUCACAGCUGCAGGCUCAAAGGUCACAAGUCAGUUCCCUGGAGAGGGAAGUCAAGACCCUAAACAUGGAUUUCAGCAAGCUCAGAGUACAGAGAGAGGCUGAGGAAGAUGCUGUUCAGCAGCUGAGAGGACGAGAGCCAGAGGAAGACGGGAGCUUUCCCUCUGUGGGUGAACAGCAGGUGGAUGACCGGUCCUUUCAGCAUGCCGCAAUGUGUGAGGAGCUGAAGGAGGUGCAGGACCGGCUGGGGCACGCAAUGGAGGAGGUGAAAAAUGGGAGCAUACAACAGCAGGAGCAGCUCAGAGAGAGUAGGCGGCUACAAGAGGAGCUGGAUAGUCUGCAGAAGCACAAGGAGCAGCUCGAAGUUGAUCUGCAGGAGAUCCGGUCCCUGUCGCUGUCUGCCCACCAGCAGCUCAGUGAGCAGCAGAAGCGUCUCUCACAGUCAGAGGUGGAAAAAUGUCAGCUGAACACACACAUCCACACUCUGAAGCAGGCCAAAGACACCUUACAUGGGGAGAUCCAGUGUCUGAGAGGCGAGCUGGAGGAGAUGAUGUCCAGGGCAGAAGAUGAGAAGAAGAGGAGAGAGAUGAGUGAGGAGGAGAGGAAGGCACUGCAAGAGGACAUGGAGAGGAUGACAGAGGAGAUAGAGAAGCUGAGGAGGAGGAGAAGGAGGGAGGAAAUGGAGAGGAAGGAUGAGACGGAGACCGAACAGGAAGAAAGGAGUUUCUUUAGUGAGAACUCGGGGAGAAGAGGAGCUGAGGUGCUGAGGAAUUGCAUUGAGGGAUUAACUGAGGAGGUGGAGGAGAGGCAAAGAGAAGAGGAGAAAAUGAGGAAGGAGGUAAUAGAGAUGAAGACUCGAAUCAACCUCACGAUAGAAAGAGUACAGCGAUUAGAGGGAGAGAAGGAGGAACUGGAAGAGGAGGUAAAGAGGACAGAGGAAAGGCUGAGAGAGGAGAAGGAGUUUUGGGAGGAGAGGAGAAGAGAGGAGACGAAGCAGAGGGACAGAGAAGUGGAAGCCCUCUGUGAGCGGAUGGAGAGAUUGAAAAGGGGGGAGGAGGAAAAGGAGAAGAAGGUGGACCGGCUGAGGACAGAAGCUGAGAGGGACAGAUGGAGGGUGAGAGUGGAAGAACAAGAGGAGGAGAUUAACAGACUGAAAAAAGAAAUCUCAACAUCACAAGAGGAUGAAAGGAGAAAGAAAGACAAACUGCUCGAGGAGAAGGAGGAGGUGGUUGCAAAGCUGCUCGAGAAGCUAAAGGAGAAAGCGGCGGAGGCAGAGCUGAUGAGGCAAAGGCUGAAUGUGGCCAAUGAGAAGUUUAAUGAAUUUAAGGCAGAGGCGAAAUGUAAGGAGCAGAGCCUGGAAUUACAGGUGAGGGAGAGAGAAGAAGUAGGGGAGGAACAUCGGGAACAUCUGAAGGAGGGGGAGGAGGAAGGAGAGAGGGACCAUCGAGAGGUGAAUGCCAGACUAAAGCAAAAGGAGGUGAGAGGAAGUAGGAAAGGUAUGGAAAAAGAUGACACGAUCUCCUCCCAGGUUAGGGAGCUACAGGAGGGACAGACAAAGAGCGAGGGAGCAAGGAAAAGAGUAAGAGAAAUGGAGGAAGCCCGUGACAGGCUGCAGGUGGAGAUAAAGGAGUGGCAGGAGAGGGCAGAACACAGCGAGAGUGAGACUACAAAGCUUAACCAUAUCUGUGUGGAGCAAGAGGAGGAGGUGCAGCGGUUAAGAGCUAUACUGGAGGAGAAGGACGAGGAGAGAAGAGAAUGGGAGGCACUAAGUAGAACCGAGAAAGAAAACACGAGGAGACUGCAAAGUAAGCUGAUGGAGGUCGGGGAGGAGAAGAAGAGAUUAGAGGAGAAAGUUAGGGAGGCCGAGGAAGAGAGAGAAGCACUUAGGAGAGCUGGGGAGGAGACAAAGAGGCUGGAGGAACAACUGUCUGAAGUAGAAAGUGACAUGAAGGACCAAAGAGAGGUGCUGAGGAAGACGGUGGAGGAGAAGAGGAGACUGGAGAACACGCUAAAGGAAGUUCAGGAGACGACGAAAGGAGAAAUGGAUGAGCUGAUGAUACUGAGGGAAGAGAAGAAACGUCUGCAGGAUAAAUCGAUACAGAUGGGAAAAGAAGCUGAUGGACCAAUGAGAGCGAAAGAGCAGCAAGCAAGGCUGUUGGACACCGAGGAGGAGGAGGCGUGGACUCUUAGGAGGGAAGUGCAGAAGGAGAUGGAGAGAAGCAAUCUAGAGAUGUCGGUGCUUAGGGAGGCGGUACAAAAGGAGAAAAGAAGGAAGGAGGAGGCACAAGAUGAGCUGUUAAAAUGGAGAGAAGAAGCACAAUAUCUCAGAGAGGUGUGGGGAGAGGAGACGCAGGAAGAGCUGAGGACGACUAAGAUGGAGUUACUGGUUAUUAAAAAAGAGCUGCAAAAAGAACAAAAUGAGAAGGAGCAGAUAAAGGAGAAGCUACGGAGGACGGAGGAAGAGGUGACAGCGCUCAAGGAGGACGUGCAGGAGAUGGAAAACAACAAGCUGACAGAGACGAAAGAUGACUUUCCUCAGGAGGAGUUGAGAGGAGUGAAGCAGAGCGUGGAGGUGAUGGUACGAAACUCCCUGCAGGUGGACACUCAGAGUCAGAGCACAGAGGAGAUGGAGGAGGAUCAGGAUGGAAUCGGAUUAGCUGGAUCACAGCAAACAGAUGCAGCUUUGGUGGGCUAUAAAAGGAGACCCCAGCAGGAGGAGCAGAGCCCAGUGGCCACGUCUGAUACAGAGGGUUUGAAGGAGAGACUGACGGUCCUGCAGAGUCUGGUGGCUGAACUGGAACUGGAUCAGAAACGACUGAACAAGAAAAACUUUCAUCUGGAAAAUCAGAAAGACAAACUGAAAAGAGCGACACACACACUGAGAGAGACGCUGCAACAGGUGGAGGAAGAGCGCUCAAGGCUCAGACAGCAGCUGAGUGAGAGCAUCCAGGGGUCUUUAACCACCACAGAAGAGCAGCAACUGAGGAGCAAAGUGAGGGAGCUGCAGGACCAGGUGAAGCAGCUCCAGUUUGCACUGGCUGUCGGUCAGCAACAAAGGGCAGAGUUCAUUCAGCAGUCCUCCCGAAACAGCCAGUCAGUGCUCUCUCUGAGACUUGACCUCAGUGAUUCACUAGCAACUAUCACACAACAUCCAAUCCCAUCCAUCCUAGAGUCUGAGACACAGCGAUUGGAUCGUAGCAUGAGGGAGGAGGAGCUCAGAAUGUCCUUCAGCCAGCUGUGAAAAUUCAGGACCAAAUGUUCUUAAUUACUUUACACUCAUUAAAUUGAGAGGUAGAGCCGUCUGGAA